AUGAGCUCUGAUCAAGCUGUCAGAGGCACAGACGACGAUGCGGCGUCUAUGAGGAUAUCCGCGGUGAAUCAAGGAUACCUCAAAGACACAUUUGCACCCAUCUUUCACCCGCCUUCUACUCCUUCCGCAGCUGCUGGACCUAGCAGCCCUCGUAAACCUCCGUUGAUCAAUAUCGGAACGCAUCAUCGUACUUAUGCUAUCGACCUGCUGAUUGAUCGGUUCUUCACCUCCUGUGGAGAUGCCGGUGGACAGGUAGUCAGCCUUGGAGCUGGAUCGGACACGAGGUACUUCAGGUACAUGGAAAGACCUCAUCCUCCUCACAUUCGGAAAUAUAUCGAAGUCGACUUUGCAGCAUCAACCGCGCACAAAAUCAAGCAGAUCACCGGAUCACCUCGCCGUCUCCCCUUUCUCGUGCAUCGAAACAUAACGCCAGACAUAGAGCUUCGUUCAUCGGCUUCGUCACACCCUGAUGCAGCUAAUGCUUCACCAACAUCUCUCAUUUCCCCCAUUUACACCUUGUUGCCAUUGGAUCUCAGACAUGCGAGCCCAAAGGAAUUGAAUGAUCUGCUCCUACCUUACCUCGAUACCAAGGUACCGACCUUGUUUCUCGCGGAAUGCGUCUUCUGCUACCUUCCACCAAAGAUCAACGAGACAUUGAUCAAAUGCUUCGGGCAGACGUUCGAGAAGUGCUCAGGGAUCAUCUAUGAAAUGCUGGGAUCGAGAGACUCGUUUGGACAGGUUAUGAGGCGGAACCUCGCAUCUCGAAAUCUCGACAUUCCUGGCGCGGACCCGUUCCCCGAUCUGUCAUCUGAAUCGAAGCGAUUCACGGAUCCAGCACUGGGCGAAGGCGCAUUCUCCGCUUCCGGAGCUAAAAGCUUGUGGGACAUUCGCAAAUCUGUCAUUGACAAGGAAGAGCUGUCAAGAAUCGGCAAGCUCGAGAUGCUGGAUGAAAUAGAAGAGCUGAAACUCGUUCUCAGCCAUUAUGUGAUUGCGUGGGGGAGCAAAGGAGAAGGCAUGGACGCUUUACACCUCUAG